GUCCUGGAACACCAUGGAUGUCAUCAAUAGGUCAUAGAACCCUGCUGAGGCCUUUGUGAUAACUGGUAUCAUACCAACCAGGGUAUCAUACUGAGCCUUACGAAGGACAGUGAUCUGGUGAACAGAUAGCAUCUUAUUUGCUUUUUUUUGGUGUAUACAUUUAAUUUCUUAUCAUUACUAAUAAUUCUCUGAGAACAGUCUCAGACUCUUACUUGAUAUCACAAUUCUGCAAAGAGUUGAGCAAUGAAACAUAAAAAGAAGGAAAAACACCAGGAGAAGAAACUCUUCAAAAGACCUGUGAAGAAGUCAAGGGGUACAAGAAGAAAGUUGGAUUUACAAGAUGUUCUGCAGGGUAGAGCCAAGGUACUGGCCCAAACUCAAGGCCGCAAAGUGGUGGACAGUUCUUCCUCAACCUCAGUGCACUUCUCCUAUGAAGACAAAUUCUUGGAUGCAGAACUGCACAACUCUCCAGAGGAUGCCGCUGAGACACAUGAGAUGGUCCCAAGUUCAAAUCUGGAUGCAGCAGAGAAUUUCUCAGUCUCAGAACAUUUUCCCUGCAUCCCUUCUUCAAGCAAGUGCAUUCCUGUGGACCAGGAUGGUCCUGGAUCUGCCCAGAGGCUUUUAAAUCAAGAUUUGACGGAGAGCAAGAAUUUCUCCUUCAUGGAACAUUCCCAUUUGCCUUCCUCCUUGGCCAGUAACCCUUCAAAGUCUGCAACAUCUACUGAAAAGAAAAGAGUCCUGAAGGUUUACCAUAAGCCUGUCCCAAUGAAAAGGGGUAUGGCUUCCUUGGGGGAUACAGAAGAAGAUUUGGAGCCCCUCACAAAGAUGACAAGAAGAGCAAAAAUUACCUUUCCUGAGAAGAUCCCUUCAAAAGCCAGCCUCUCUCAUAUGUGCCUAAGAGACGUCCUAACUGACAGUGAAAAUGGCUUGCACGGGGAAGGCCAAGAGGAAAGGGAAGAGGCUGAGAAGCCACCUGAGCAUCUGGCCCAGGGUUCGGUGCUGGAGGAUCCGUAUAGUGGCUUUAGGUGCAUGGUCUGCUGCCAAGUCUUCCCCAAUAUGCGGCUGUUUAAGAAACACCGGGAGGAUGGGGUUGAGGGUGGUGCUUCAUGCCUUAGUCUUGCAUUUGCCAAACCAAGGAACACAAUGAAGCAAAGCAAGAGAAUCACAGAGGAGGAGGAUAGGAAUAUGACAACAUCUGGAGGUGAUACGGAGAUAUGCUUCAGGUUCUUGUUACUUUUGGCUUUUUGUGCCUUUUUGUUUUAGUA